UAAGCGAGUCGCUCGGGGCCGCCGGGGAGCUGCCGCCACAGCUGGCCGGGUGGCGUGGGGACAUCGCGCCGCGACCUGAGCCGUGCCCUUCGCCUCCACUCCGCACCCCGAUGGCGACGCCUUCGCAAAAAAGGAGCACCCGCAGCGGGGCUUCGGGGACCCCCCUGUCCCCCACCCGCAUCACGCGGCUGCAGGAGAAGGAGGAUCUGCAGGAGCUCAAUGACCGCCUGGCCGUGUACAUCGACAAGGUGCGCUCGCUGGAGCUGGAGAACGCCGGCCUGAGGCUCCGCAUCACCGAGUCCGAGGAGGUGGUGAGCCGCGAGGUGUCGGGCAUCAAGGCCGCCUACGAGUCGGAGCUGGCGGAUGCCCGCAAGACCUUGGAUUCGGUGGCCAAGGAGAGGGCUCGGCUGCAGCUGGAGCUCAGCAAAGUGCGGGAGGAGCACAAGGAGCUGAAAGCGCGGAAUGCCAAGAAGGAAGGGGACCUGCUGACUGCCCAGGCACGCCUGAAGGACGUGGAGGCUUUGCUUAACUCCAAGGAGGCCGCGCUCUCCACGGCCCUGGGUGAGAAGAGGAACCUGGAAAAUGAAGUGCGAGACCUGAGGGGACAGGUGGCCAAGCUGGAAAGCGCCCUGGGCGAAGCCAAGAAGCAGCUGCAGGAUGAGAUGCUGCGGCGCGUGGAUGCCGAGAACCGGCUGCAGACCCUCAAGGAGGAGCUGGAAUUCCAGAAGAACAUCUACAGCGAGGAGCUGCGUGAGACCAAGCGGCGCCACGAGACGCGGCUGGUGGAGAUCGACAACGGGCGGCAGCGCGAGUUUGAGAGCAAACUCUCCGAGGCCCUGCAGGAGCUGCGCAGCCAGCACGAGGCCCAGAUCAGGCUGUACAAGGAGGAACUGGAGAAAACCUACGGGGCGAAGCUGGAGAAUGCCAAGCAGUCAGCUGAGAGGAACAGCAACAUGGUGGGUGCUGCCCAUGAGGAGCUGCAGCAGACCCGCAUCCGCAUUGACAACCUCUCCUCAGAAGUCAGCCAGCUGCAGAAGCAGCUGGCUGCCAAGGAGGCGAAGCUGCACGACCUGGAGGACAUCCUGGCCAGGGAACGCGAGACCAACCGGCGCCUGCUGUCCGACAAGGAGCGGGAGAUGGCCGAGAUGAGGGCGCGCAUGCAACAGCAGCUGGAUGAGUACCAGGAGCUGCUGGACAUCAAGCUGGCCCUGGAUAUGGAGAUCAACGCCUACCGCAAGCUGCUGGAGGGCGAGGAGGAGCGGCUGAGGCUGUCCCCCAGCCCUUCAUCCCACAAAGGUGCCUCCCGGAGCCACCUGUCCACUUCGAGCUCCUCCAAGAAGAGGAAGCUGGAGGACAGCGAGAGCCGGACCAGCUUCUCCCACCAUGCCCGGACCAGCGGCCGUGUUGGCGUGGAGGAGGUGGACCUGGAGGGCAAGUUUGUCCGUCUCAGGAACAAGUCCAACGAGGACCAGGCCAUGGGGAACUGGCAGAUCAAGAGGCAGAAUGGGGAUGAUCCCCCCCUCACCUACCGCUUCCCCCCGAAGUUCACCCUCAAGGCUGGCCAGGUGGUCACGAUCUGGGCCUCGGGAGCUGGAGCAACCCACAGCCCCCCCAGUAACUUGGUGUGGAAAGCCCAGAGCAGCUGGGGCUCAGGGGACAGCCUGCGCACCGCCCUCAUCAACUCCAACGGGGAGGAGGUGGCCAUGAGGAAACUGGUGCGCACUGUGAUCAUCAAUGACGAUGAGGAUGAGGAUGAUGACGAAAUGAGCAUCCACCACCGCCACCACCAUGGCUGCAGUGGCUCUGGGGACCCCGGCGAGUACAACCUGCGCUCCCGCACCGUGGUGUGUGGCACGUGUGGCCAGCCGGCCGACAAGUCGGGCUCCCAGAACGCCGGCAUCACCUCCAUGUCCUCGGGCUCGUCCAGCUCCAGCGUCACCGUCACCCGCAGCUACCGCAGCAUGGGCGACUCGGGCAUCGGCCUCGGGGACAGCCUGGUGACCAGGAACUACCUCCUGGGCAGCUCCAGCCCCCGCAGGCAGGCUCAGGCUGUGCAGAACUGCAGCAUCAUGUAAUUCCAUGGCGCAUUCCUGUGGUUCCUGCCUGUCUCCAGCUAGGUUUGUUUUUUUUUUUUCCCAAAGCAAAGAAAUUUUUUUCCCUUUAAAAAACAAGAUAUCAAAAACCAAGGUUGUUUUUUUUUUGUUUUGUUUUCUAUAGCAGGAAUUUUAUAUAUAUAUAUAUUAAAAGUGCUAAAAGAUGCUUUGAUUUUUUUUUUGUAAAGAAAAAAAUCUAUUUCUAUAUAAAGAAAACCAAACCAAAAAAUAGCUUUUCAGCUUCAAAUAUUUUUUAGAACUUCAGCCAAAGACAGCAAAGAACUGUGUUUACAGAGCAGCCAUGCAGGAGGAGUCUGUAGUUGAAAUGCUCCUUCCAUUGUACCUUUUUUGCCAAAGCUUUUUACAUAGGACAGGGAGAAGCGCAGCCGUACCCACUGGAGCUGCGUGCCACAGGGCCUGCUGUCCUGUCUCAAGUGGAGCACAGUGCCUUUACAACCCUUUUUUUCUUGGGAUCUGAAGCCAAAAUUCCCUUUUUUUUUUUUGUCUCGUUUUUGAGUUGCGAUUCCCGGCGGUGCCGGCGCGGGGGCUCCCGGCAGCUCGCGGGCGAUGCCCACAUCUCUGUGCGGCCAUUGCCCCCUCCCCAGCCCCCUGCCCGCCUGCCCUCCCUGCUCUGUGUACUGUAUCUCCCUGAUUCCCCAUCCCAGGCACCUCUUGCCCUUUUUCUAAAUCAGCCAAGUUGUGCCUUAGCUGAGGGGUUGGGCCGGGAGCCCCACUGGAGCGGAGAUGGAGCAGGGCAAGUGAAAACAGCGGAGCUGCGUUUUGGGACCAGAUGGAUUUGACAGCUGGGGUGAUGGAGCUCAGUCCCACGAGCUCAGCCCCAGCAGGGUUCCCCCAGGACCCCUCUUUGAGAGCCACUGCAUCCACAGGGGUUCAUCCCCCCAAGAGGGGUUCAUUCCCCAAAGGGGUUCACCCCACUGCAUCCAGAGGGGUUCACCCCACAGAGGGGUUCAUCCCCAUCUGCAUCGAGAGG